CCCACACACGCAGUCACACCACCUGCCAGGAGACCCACAUAACCACUCCUGACUGAGCUGGAGCAAACAUUAUGAUAGAAGUUUUCCAGCAACACAAGAAGAAUCACUAGAUCCGGUCUGUGCUGCUCUGAGACCAGCUGCAAGAUAAGUGUCACUCCUGAACAGUAUUCUGAACACUGUGAAUCCUCUGCGUUUGUGGGCGAACCAGAAAUAUUGUGAAAGGAGGAACUCUGAUAAAACGAGGCACAAAAAGAAGCUGUCGCCAAAUCAAAUCAAUGAUGUUUUUGAAAAAGCUUCUGCGUUUCGGGAAACAGCUGCUAAGGUUGAAGGUUGUCGACUGCAACUCGGAGGAUUCGCGACUCUCCCGAUGCUUGAACACAUUUGACCUGGUGGCUCUUGGUGUGGGCAGCACCUUGGGAGCUGGGGUGUAUGUCCUCGCUGGAGCCGUGGCCCGAGAAAACGCAGGACCAGCCAUCGUCCUGUCAUUCCUCAUCGCAGCCAUGGCCUCAGUGCUCGCGGGCCUCUGUUAUGCAGAGUUUGGGGCGAGAGUGCCGAAAACGGGCUCAGCAUACCUGUACAGCUAUGUGACUGUUGGGGAGCUGUGGGCCUUUAUUACUGGCUGGAAUCUUAUACUUUCAUAUGUAAUAGGUACAUCAAGUGUCGCCCGAGCUUGGAGUGCCACAUUUGAUGAGCUGAUUGGAAAACAAAUUGAGCAUUUUUGUCGACAGUACAUGUCCAUGAAUGCCCCGGGGAUUCUGGCGGAGUACCCAGAUAUGUUUUCAGUAUUCAUCAUCCUUACUCUCACAGGCCUGCUGGCCUUCGGCGUGAAGGAGUCAGCCAUGGUCAACAAAGUGUUCACCUGCAUCAACGUCCUGGUGCUGUUGUUCAUGGUUGUAUCUGGACUGGUUAAAGGUACACUGAAGAAUUGGCACCUGGACCCUGAUGAGAUUCUCUAUGGAACCAAUUCCACCAUUAACGCUACACAGCCCCUGCCAUCAAAAGAGAUUCUGGGUGAAGGUGGGUUCAUGCCUUUCGGCUUCACAGGGGUCUUAUCAGGGGCAGCUACCUGCUUUUACGCCUUCGUUGGGUUCGACUGUAUUGCAACUACAGGUGAGGAGGUGAAGAACCCCCAGAGAGCCAUUCCCAUUGGCAUCGUCUCCUCCCUCCUUAUCUGUUUUGUAGCAUACUUUGGUGUAUCGGCAGCCCUCACCAUGAUGAUGCCGUAUUACAUGCUGGAUAAGAACAGCCCUCUUCCCGCGGCCUUUAAGUACGUUGGCUGGGAAGGAGCCACAUACGCUGUGGCGGUAGGCUCCCUUUGCGCCCUGUCUACCAGCCUGCUUGGCGCCAUGUUCCCCAUGCCCCGUGUCAUCUGGGCCAUGGCUGACGAUGGCCUGCUCUUCAAAUUCAUGACUGGGAUCAACGAGAGAACAAAAACACCCAUACGCGCCACUAUAACAGCAGGCAUUGUCGCAGCUAUUAUGGCUUUCCUGUUUGACCUGAAGGACCUGGUUGAUCUGAUGUCUAUAGGAACUCUUUUGGCCUACACGCUGGUCGCUGCCUGUGUUCUAGUACUCAGGUACCAGCCCGAUACGUUUCCUCCAACAUAUCACAUAGCCAACACACCGGACGAGAUGGAAAUGAGCGAGACCAUAAGUACACCUAGCAUGGGGAUUCUUCCCGGCAUAGAAGAGCGUUUCAGCUUCAAAACACUGCUCUUCCCCAACAUCACUGAGCCCUCCAACCUUUCAGGCUACACUGUUAACAUCUGUGCGAGUCUGCUUGGUCUGCUGAUCUUCAGCUUUAGUCUGUUGGCCGUCCUGGGUGGAAGUGCAGUGUGGAAUAUUGUCAUCCUCAGUGUCCUGUUCAGCAUUUGUGUCAUAGUCACAUUUAUCAUCUGGAGACAACCUCAGAGUAAAACCAAGCUCUCUUUUAAGGUUCCUUUACUUCCAUUCAUCCCAGUGGUCAGCAUGUUUGUCAAUGUGUACCUGAUGAUGCAGCUGGACAGGGGUACCUGGGUACGAUUUGCCAUGUGGAUGUCUAUAGGACUCAUAAUCUACUUUGGCUAUGGAAUCUGGCACAGCACUGAAGCCACACUGGCCCAUUCCAGUAUGGAAGAGGAACUGAGUGUGUACAAACCCACCUGCAGUCUAAACAGGGACAGUGUGACCCCGGAAAAGGAGGCUUUCCUCUGUAACGGUUCACGAGUUGACGAAGAUCUCUAAUAUGAAACAGUGUUACAUUAUUUGCUCAAACUUUGCAUGAAAGCACAUCGCCGGGAGGUUGUGAGGAGCACAGGCCGUUGGAAUUGAAUCAGAUGGAGCUCAAUGAUCCUUUUAACAAUCUCAUUUCCUUGUCAAGAAGUCUAAGAGCUUUGUAAAGUGCACACUACACAUGGGUGGAAGUAUUUGAUUAUUCUCACAACUCGAUGGUUUUGUUUCCUACUUCAGAAAUCUUGAAGAAGCCAAAACAGGCACAGGACCUUUUAUUGAAUGAUUGUGGAGUCAAAAAAAAAAAAACUAAAAAAAGAAAAGAAAAAAAAAUUGUAGGCAUCUGUAAGCUGCAGUAUUUUUUGUUGAUGGCUGCUUUUGAUAAAUGAUCUAAUUGAACUUGUGCCUUUUGUCUUACUAUUGCAAUUAAACUAAAUCUUGGAUGUCAGGUUUAGGGUUUUACGUUUCUGAACGCACCUUUACUAGAAAAAGAAAUCAAAUCAUGCUUGACUUUUGUGCUGAAUUUGUAGUACUUUCUACUGUCUGAGGUCCCAUUUAAGAACCUUUUCCGACUGGUUUGAACUGCCCAGAUCCAGAAUUUGUAGGUUAUUUCUGGUCCACCCAGAUUAGAUCUUCAGGUAGUACUGCCACCUGCUGUUGUGGUCGGGCAGUCACCAGGGUUAGUUGCUUUUAUCAGUCACAGUGCUGGCUACUGUGUAUUUUAUGUUGAUAUCUAGAUGUAUGUUUUGGUCAUUUAUGGUGUAAGGACAUAUAUCGCACUGUAUUUAUGUCAGUCAAAAUAUUUUACAAAUUAAAAAUUAGUCUAAAGAGUUUUGGAAUCAUUUAUUUUAUCCCAGAGGUAGUCUACCAAAGAUUAGAAUAAUUAAGAUUAUAGAUUAUAUGUUAUAUAUUUAUAUGUUCUAGUUAAACUUCUUCCCUUAUUCUUACCUGCUGAAGCAGCACAUUGAUGAAUCAUACAGACCUGAUGCUUCUCAAUCAAUCCAUCCAUCAAUCAAUCAAUCAAUCAAUAUUCUAUCUUUCUUUGUUGAAAUUCCAUUGAUUAAGUGAUUUGUAAAUGGCAAAUCAUGCUCUUUUUAAUGCUGAAAAGUAAUGUAUGUGUAGAGUUGUUUGUUAACUUUUUUGAUUACACAGAUUUUAGUAGAUUACAAUGUUUUCUUAUCAUAACUGAUUGUGUUGCUGUUUGUGAAUACAUUUCACAUGGUUGUUUUGAGCUCUUGAAACUUUCCAGUUACAAUUUAGAAUGAAAUUGCUUACAUGUAUAUUCAUAUAAAUGCUCAACUGCUUGAAUAGUUGCAUGAACACAUAUGAAUAAAUAAUACAAUAUGAAUAAUACAUUUGUAAUGAGGCAAAUAGUAAAAAUAAUAACAAAUAA